CGUCGGCUCCGCACUCCCAGUGUGCACUGCGGCAGGCUGGCUCCCAAAGCAUCAUUUCUCAUUGGUCCUGGCGGUAGCCCCGCCCCUCGACCAAAGGCCGGGCCGUGGGUGGCUUUCCCCGCGGGAAGCCCGGGAAUCCCGGGCCCGGGUCGCGAGAGGCGGUGUGGGGGCGGAACCCGCGGGCUGCGAGGCGCCCUGGAGGUGGCGGGGGCCUCGGGACGGCCAGAGCCGCAGGAGGACGAGGAGGAUGAGGAAGAGGCACUGCCGCACUCCGAGGCGGUGGACGUUUUCCAAGAGGGUCUGGCCAUGGUGGUGCAGGACCCGCUGCUCUGCGACCUUCCGAUCCAGGUUACUUUGGAAGAAGUCAAUUCCCAAAUAGCCCUCGAAUAUGGCCAAGCGAUGACAGUCCGAGUGUGCAAGACCGAUGGAGAAGUCAUGCCUGUGGUUGUCGUCCAGAACGCCACAGUCCUGGACCUGAAGAAAGCCAUCCAGAGAUACGUGCAGCUCAGGCAGGAGCGAGAAGGAGGCGUUCAACACAUCAGCUGGUCCUAUGUGUGGAGGACAUACCACCUGAUGGCUGCGGGAGAGAAGCUCACAGAGGACCGGAAGAAGCUCCGAGAUUACGGCAUCCGGAACCGGGAUGAGGUGUCUUUCAUCAAAAAGCUGCGACAGAAGUGAGUCUCUAGACAGGGACGCCUCCUGUGCUGGCGGCCAGGCUCGUCCCCAGCAGGACACCAUGGGCCACUCACUGUGCCCUUUUCCCAGAGGAGGGUGGAGAUCGCCUUACACCAGCUGGACCUGGCUGGACGGUCAAGGUGAACCCCGAUGGUGUGGCCGAUCCCACGGGGCUGUGGGCUUGGCCCUGUGUACCAAAUAAACCUAUUUGCUUCUUCAUUUGCAAA